AGGAAUAGUGGCAUGGCAUUUGUCAGCAUCGCAAGCCGUAUUGGCGCUGUAUGUGCACCCUUUGUUGUCGAACUAAAGAGAAUUCAUCCAAUACUACCAUUUGGUUUGAUGGGAGGUCUGGCUAUUGCCGGUUCUUUGUGUUGUUUGGCCCUACCCGAGACAAGAGGAAUGCCAACAGCGGAUGUUUACGAAAACAAUAAUGGUAAAAAUACAUCAGAUUGUUUUCUUUGCAGUUGCCAAUAAACCAUACACUAUUUUCCUGUUUACGUCCGUUUAACGCAUUACUGAGAUCAUUAAAUAAUAUUAUUCUUAAAUCAGGAUAAAACUCGAAAAUUUGUCGUAAAUACCUAGGCAAGCAGUUAGUUUCAGAAACAUGAUUAUGUUUACAAGGCAUUAAUAUAGGCAUAAGGUGUGCGGAAAUUAUUAAUACAGCAAAAAAAUUUAUUGUAUUUGACUCCAAAUAUUUUUUAUCACACUCGUGCCUUUAUUUGAGGAGGUUCAGUAUACAAUUUCAUUUUCACUCAUUAAUAUUACGUUCGUUUAAAGUUACGCACAAUUUUAAUUGUCGGUUAAAACACAGCACGCGCACUGAAGCGUUUUAUGCAUGUUAGUGCACGAGAACGCUAGACCAUCACAUCACAUCACCAGGACAAGCUAGUACGUAUAAUUCCAAUAUUUAUUAAUUAUUAAGUUAACAGUAUACGUAGUAUAGCUAGGCCGUUUGCUGUGACCUCGAAGAGUGCCUAGUUCCCAUAUCUUGAAACUGAAAUAUUUAACACUUUCGAACACGCUGAGUUCAAAUCCGAAAAGUUCUCGCUCUAUAGACCCGCAGUUUUCUCACAAAAUGCCAUUUUGUCUUCACUCAUUUCACAGCAAAUUUUUUCAUUGUUCAACGACACGGUUCGAUGACGACAAACGAUUGUGUCACUCAAAAGGACCAAUUUCUAUUAACUAUUCUUCCUUUCAACCAAAGACCGGUUUUGCUCGAAUCAUUUUGAGUUAUGUAAUAUUAUGCGUGUUGGACGUAAAUAACAUAUCUUGUCUAUACAACUUUGAGAAAGUACAGAUAAUCAGUCCUUCUAAUAUCCAUAGUUCUGGAUCUAUCUCUAUAAAAUCACAUGGACGUUAAUGUUAAGUCUGUGGGCUAUGUCUCUGGGCUGAGAAAUAAUUCCUUACAUGCGAUCAAAAUGUUUCAUACAAAGAUGUAAAACGGUAAUCUAUGAUGUAAUGGUCAGUAUUUAAAUUUCCAACACAGUUUCCGAGACGUAAUUCAAGAGAUAACUUAUCAUUGCAUUUGAACUAUUGCAUCAGUUGGUGUUAUACUAUGCGAUAAGCGAAUAUUAUUGGAAAGAGGGCUUCCAUAUACGUUGAAAUCACUAAGUAAACAGCUCAUGUACACAUUUCUCCACUUCGUCGUAAGUUUACAGAGCAUAUUUUAUACUUUGGAACUGAUCUUUUUCUUUGAUGUGACCAUUUAUUCUUAUAGUUUAAGGUUAUUUAAGAUAUUGAUCCUGUCGUAAGUGUUCGACCAGCAACCAAUCGACAAUAUUUCAUUUUAGCGUUGUCUUCGCGUUACUUUUGUUUUAAAUACCUUGAUCGCGUUAAAAGAGUUAUUUUUCAGGCCAGUGACAUAGCCAAAAGACUUCGCAUUAACGUCGUUGUGUUUUUAUUAGGAUAGAGCCAGAACUAAGAUUCUAGAAAGCUUUAUCUGUACCUUCUCAAAGUUGUAGACAAGAUAUGUUGUUUGCGUCCAACAUGCAUAAUAUUACAUAACUCAAAAUGAUUCGAGCAAAACCGGUCUUUUGUUAAAAGGAAGACUGGUUAAUAGAAAUUGGUCCUUUUGAAUGACAUAAUCGUCGAUCCGUGUCGAUAAAAUUGCAGUUUGUGAGAAAACUGUAGGUCUACGGAGCGAGAACUUUCAGAUUUGAACUCAGCGUGUUCGAAAAUGUUAGUUCCCGUAAAACUAUUUCAGUUCCAAUUAAGACAUAGGAAAUGACAGUGAACGAUAUCGGGACGCAGCAAACUGCCUAAGCAUAUGAAAGUAUUAAUUACAGUCGUGGACAUAUAAAUAGGAGCGGAAAUAUAAUGAAAGUGAAGUUACUGUAGUUUCAUAAAUAGUUAAUGUGUAUCUUUAUAUAUUUUAUGUUUAUUUUAAGAUGCAUCUGAACUGAUGGUUUUGGAAAAAUACCCUAAUGAUGAAAUCAAUGAAGGAUCUGCUUACGACAGCAUAUAGUAGUAGCACAUGCUUAACUGAAGUACAGGGCCCCUUUUAGUUACCUUUGUUCUAUUCUGUAAACUAGAACAAGUUGUGAGCUUGCUUGAAGUUGUAAAACGGGUAUAAACUGUUUAUUAAACAAACGUUUGCCAGAUUUGCCUGUUAGAGACUUUUGCAGUCAGGGCG